AAAGACAAAAAGUGAACGUGUGCUUCACUUUGUCACGAGGAAAAAAGAGUUUAUCGACUGGUCAGUAGUAGAACAUCGAAACACGAAAUCCUCAGGCGUCUGGCCUGAGAAUCACGACUUUUUUUACAAUUUUAGAUAUCUCUCUUCUUCAUUAAAACUUUCUAUUUUUUAACGAUAGAAGCUAAAAAUCAACACACUAUUUCUUCAUCCCUAGCAAAUAAAACUAUGGUGCAAUGCUGGGUUUUCGUCUCUUUUUUUAAAUCGCGAGUGGAGUAUAAUUAGCGGUGUUACUGAAGAUGUUUUUAGAAUUAAAAAAAAACUAUUUUCUAAAUUUUCAGUAUCAGUGAAGAUACCAUGAAUACAAACUGCUCCGAUGCAGAUUGAAGUUAGAAAUGAUGGAGUUGAGCCUUCUUAAAUUACUGCGUGGACUGAAAGAAUAUCAUAUUGAUUUAAGACACAAAAUUGUACUCUUAAAACUUUAAAAGAUGCGUAAGCGAAUUUGAAUUAGCACUCAAGCUCGUUCCGUCUCUAUUUAAUGAUUAACUUAUGCUGGAAGACUAAUUGAUUUCCUAUUGGAAGAAAACUGAUGAAUUUUAUGUGUGAGCAGCACCACUGCCAAGCUUUCAAGAAAGAGUUUAAAGUCGUCAGGUGCAAAUGUAAGUAGGGCUGAUCAGCAAAAUAUUCUAACGUUUAACUAAUGUCUAAGACCCCGCAUUUACCUCACAUUGUGUUGUUCGUCCCAGUCGCCUCUUGUCUUUGUGUCAAGAUGCGCCCCGUCAAUGCUGCGGAGUCUGCCGGCCGUCUUCCGCCUGCCUUUGCGAAUCUUCGCGAACCUUCCCGAAUCUUCCCGAACCUUCCCGAAUCUUCCCGAAGGCUGUGUGCUUUUUAUUUUUUUAGAGUAUUUGGAAACCCUGAUCAAACAGGAUGCUUAAGUUUUUUUAAAGAGCUUCCCAAUCGCGCCUCUGGAAUAAAGAAAAAUGGAAGUAUUCAUGAAUUUUUUAUAUUGUUUUCAAAUACGUGUUGUUGAUAUUCAAAUAUGAGGUGAGUUCACUAGAUUUUGAUCCUUUAUCAAAUUCAAGGAUUUAUUUUACAUGAAACUCAUAGAUAAAGCCUCAGUCUGAUGCUUGAGACGAAAUCGAAACUUCAAACUACCCUGAUUUUUUACGAUGUUUCUCAGCGUUAAAAUGUUUACAACAACCGUACUCAUUGGUCUUAAACUUGUCAAUAUGUGCGAUUGUUUUCUCUGUAUAUGAUUUGUAGGUAUGGAAUCACCAGUUCCCCUAGGUAUGGAAAGCGGUGUUAUUACUGACUCGCAAAUCAUUGCGUCAUCUGAAUAUGCAUCUAACCAUGGCGCACGGUAUGCUAGGUUACAUUUCAAGGGAGCCAGACACCCCGGGUUUGUAUCUGCUGGCUGGGCAGCUAAGGAGUCAAACACCAACCAAUGGCUGCAGGUCGAUCUUCGGCAAACAACAGAGGUAAUUGGCAUAGCCACUCAAGGGAGACAUGAUUACGACCAGUGGGUUACUAAAUACAAGCUUCAGUAUGGCCAAGACGGACAAACUUUCAGGGUUUACAGGCGAAAUGGAGACACCUCUGACACGGUUUUCACGGGAAACACUGACAGGGACACCGUUGUUUACCACGAUUUUAACCCGGUCAUUGUUGCUCGCUUCGUUCGAGCUCUUCCGAUGGGAUGGUAUGGUCAUAUCACAAUGAGAAUGGAGCUUUACUCUUGUCAAGCCGAAUAACAGCAGUUUAAGAAGAAUAGCACAGUGAUUCAAUCAUUCCUUUGCUGACACGAUGUGAUCGUUGCUUGUGCUUGUGGGUUACAAAGUACAACAGCUGAUUGACUGAUCAAUUAUUGACAGUUUUAGCUUAAUGAUCGUCAUCAUUUAUGAGGGGAGCAAAAUGUACCAUUGGCAGCUCAUUGAAACGCACAUGUAAAAACACGCGAUCAUGCUCUUUUGGAAGCCUUGGGUUCCACCAACCUCAAUGCCUGACGAAGACUAAGUGUGGUCUUCGUAAUGCCUUCUAUAUUUGUAUGAUUUAUAACUUAAUUGUAUGAUUUAUACCUUAAAUGGUCUCUUAACACUUCAGUAGAGUAACUGUUCUUGUUUU